CACCAAGAGUAUCAGUCUCAAGUUUUCUGUGCUGCUGUAAUAGUGAAAAUUUGCUCUUUCUCAGUUUCUAAAAAGAAGUCAGAAGAAAAAUUCAAAGUUCUUGUAAAACUUGUAAAAUAUUAUAAAAGUGAAGUGAAUAAAAAGUUAGAAUAACCUCUCUCCGAAAUCCGUUACAAAAUAUUUGAAGAGAAUAAGUGAAUUUCAAAGGAAACAGCACAGAGCAAAAAACAUCCCGCCCACAUAAGAUGGUAUCAACCACCCGAAUCUUUAAGGCUUUGGUCGCAAUUGUGGUGCUUCUUCAGGUAACUUGUGCUUUUGGGUUCCUCGAUACGCGCCACUGUGGCGCUGGAGAUUCCUCCUGUGCCCUCCGUCGGGAUUUACGGCGUAUUGACGAUCGUCGCUUUGAGAAUCGACGUGUAACUGAGCGCAAAGUUGAGGAAAGACGCUUAGACGAUCGACGUGUUGAAGAUCAACGUUUGGAGGAACGAAGGAUCGCAGAUCGUCGUGCAGAGGAACAACGAGUAGCUGAUCGACGUGCAGAGGAACGACGAGUAGCUGAUCGACGUGCAGGGGAACGACGAGUAGCUGAUCGACGUGCAGAGGAACGACGAGUAGCUGAUCGACGUGCAGAGGAACGACGAGUAACUGAUCGCAGGGCUGAAGAACGAUUAGCUGAUCGACGUAUUGAAGAUCGAGUAGCUGAUCGUAGAUCUGAGGAACAAAGAUUGUCUGAUCGGCGCACAGAAGAACGACAAGAUCGCAGGCAAGAAGAUCGCAGACUUAUCAACAGGAGGUCUAUUGAUCGCGCAGAACAACGAGAAGACCGUAGAGUUGAAGAUCGCCAAGACAUCCGUCGAGAUAGCCGCACUGCUGAAGAUCGUCGAGAUUUUGCUCGCCGAGAAGUGGAAGAUCGCCGAGAGUCACGACUUAGGGCUACACCAGAGAGGCGUUUUGAGCGAGAAGCUCGCACCACCAGCAGGACUGAAAGCCGCCGUGGAGAAAUCCCACAGAGGCGCGAAGUUGACUUCCUGCGACGCAACAUUGAUGCCGUGCGACGUGUGCGGUCAGACGGAGAAAGACGCCGAGAAACCGAUUUGGUGGACAGCCGCAUCCGGGAUGUAGAAUUCAGGCGUGUGGAGCGUCUUGAUCGGCGCGAAAGUCGUCAAGAACGUGAGGAUCGCCGAGAACGUGAGGAUCGCAGGGAGCGCGAGGAUCGCUUGGAACGUUUUGAGCGCCGAGAAAUGCGAUCUGUUCCUGAAUUAUCCAAACCAACAGCAGCACUUAACCAACAGAUCCUCUGGCCAGCUGUACAGACCCUCCUAAUUGCAAUGAUCCUCAUUCGUACCCUAAAGUCCCAAGAUGAAGUUACCAAGUCCAAAUUCGCUCAGAUCCUGGAUAAAAUUCCUGGAUUUGCUGCUAAAGUCAAAAUGGCAUAAAUUGCCAUUUACACGAGAAAACUCCCCUUGACCAAGAUCUGAUCACCAACAUGCAAAGAGAUCACAAAUAAGACGAACCCCUGCUAACGAAAAAGUGAAUUCCUUUAAAAUCUACUUAAUAAUCCCAAAAUAAAUGUUUGUAGAAUAUUCGGUGUAGCUCUGAAAGUAAAAACAAAAUGUUAUCAAAUCACAAAUUUUAUGCAAAUCUUCAACCUGGAGGUGGAUGUAAAUAAAAGUUUAAAAAUCAAAGAGAUUCUGCGUCCCUUCGAUGGAGCCCAUCAGCCAUACCGUCGAAUCUACUCAGAAUAAAAUAUAUUUUUCUGCUCUCUAAACUCCAUCAAAUAUUAUGUAAUACAAAUUAAACAAAAUAUUAUUGAGUGUCUAAAUAAAACAAAGCUAUAAAGGAAAAUUCUAUGUAAAAUAAUCAUGUUGCUGGUGUAUAAUAAAAGAUAUUUAUUGUACAAUUUCAA